CAUCACUUGACAGCUGACCAUCCAACGGGGCCAAAUGUGAGGUUGUGGAUUGCCACAAACGUUCCAUCAUCGAGAAAUCUCGUGUUCUAAACUGAUCACAAUAAUGCAAAGAGUAACCACUCACGACAACAGUUCCGAGAGACGUGUUUGGUUAAAAUGUCACCAAGCAGUGCUUCCGAGUGCUACACAUUAUAUAAGAGAACGUAUAUGAAGAAUGAGGACGCUCCACAGACUGCUCCAGCGCUAUCGAAAUUUGGUGUUCUUGGGGUCUUCGUGUCGGGGGUCGUUGUAGCUGUCAUUGCCACUGCACUAUCUGCGUAUUUACAGUACAACAAGGAUGAUUUUCCAGCUGAAGAGCCAAGAAGGGCAUUCGCCCCCCUGCCCUCCCAGAGCUUCCUCAACAUCAACGAAGACAGUACGAUCGGUCUGCCCCUGGAGCCAGCUGGGCUCCAGCCCUUCGAGGUAGUUGAGGACACAGCAUGCAUAUCAGAAGCGAUAACAUCCCUCCAAUUAGCCCUGGAGAUGAAGCUCUCGGGAAAGAAAAAGAAAGCCAUAAAAUUAUUCCAACACGCAGUGGCACUGGCCCCCCAGCAUCCAGACGUUCUAAAUCACUACGGGGAAUUCCUGGAGCACACUCAGAACGACGUCAUCAGGGCCAACGAAUUCUACGUGCGUGCCCUCACGUACGAGCCCAAUCACGAAAGUGCGAUGAUGAACAGGGAGAGGACAGCCAGAGUAGUCGAGGAGUUGGACAAACGCAUGCUCAGGAGGAUCGACGAGAAGAGGGAUGCACUCUCCGCUAUUCCCGAUCAAAAUGCUGCUCUGAUAAGGGCUAAGAAAGAGGCGUAUUUCCAGCAUAUUUAUCACACUGUUGGGAUUGAGGGGAACACCAUGAAUCUAGCGCAGACCAGGGCUAUUGUGGAGACGAGAACUGCAGUUGCUGGGAAGAGCAUCGAUGAACACAAUGAGAUUCUUGGGCUGGAUGCUGCUAUGAAGUAUAUUAACGCCACUUUGGUCAACAGGAUUGGAUCGAUAUCUCUGAAGGAUAUAAUGGAGAUUCAUCUUAGAGUGCUGGGGCACGUGGAUCCAAUCCAGGGUGGUCAUUUUCGGAGAACACAAGUCUAUGUUGGUGGACAUAUUCCUCCAGGCCCGGGGGAUAUUCAUUACCUCAUGCAGGAAUUUGCGUCUUGGUUGAAUAGUGAGAGAGCUAUACGAAUGCAUCCGGUGAGAUAUGCUGCAUUGGCUCACUACAAACUAGUGCACAUCCACCCCUUCUCAGACGGCAACGGAAGAACAUCGAGACUGCUUAUGAACACUAUUUUAAUGCAAGCUGGAUACCCACCUGUGAUAAUCCACAAGCAGCAUCGCCACAAGUACUACGAGUACCUCCAGAUAGCGAAUACUGGAGACGUGAGGCCAUUCGUUCGAUUCAUCGCCGAAUGUACUGAGCAGACACUAGACCUAUUCCUGUGGGCAACAACUGAAUUCUCCAAAGAAGUACCCGCUCUCAGCCAGGAGUCCCUCAUGAGGAAUCGCCACAGGACGAUUGUACUCGAUCCUGAGGGCAGUGGCGACUUUAUUAACGAUUAAGAACGUAGAACUCUCUAGGUCUCAUUCACUCGCAUUUCUCAUAACCCGAGAAUUAAUCCGAUAAUAUGUGAUAGUAGAGCUUUCCCUCAGGAACAUUGAUAAUCGACGCAGACAAGUUCUCAGAUAAAAUUAGCCAAUUUGUAUAUACAAUUAAUUUAAUUCGUUCACGUUAACCUGGAAAUUGACAUUUUCCUCUAUAUUUUGUAAUUAUUUUUCUUCGGAAAUUUUGCAGAAUAUUUACAUUAAUCUAUUGAUAACGUCGAGAGCUCGAUGUGGAAUGCAUUUACUUGCUGGUCGAGUUAUUUAUUCCUUUCUCGUUAAUAAAUUAUUCAUACUUUUGAGGAAAUACAAUCUGCUGUUGAAGAUCAUCAUUUACCUUGGAAUAGUACAACAAUAAAAUUUUGUUUUAGUAAUGACAA